AUGAAGAAAAAAAAGGAGCAGAACCUUGGGCGCCGCGGCGCCAUGGCGCCCAAUGAAGAAAAAGCGAGCAAAGACUUGGGCGCUAAAACCCGAAUUUUUAAAAAAAGGAUAGAAGAUUCAAUUCUCCGUGCAGAGAUGUUAGCACCAAUAGCCUUGUACCAUGAAGAAGUAAGACAUGUCAAGCAAGAAGAAAUUAUUCAUGAUCAUGACUUGUGGGAUGACCCGGGGAAGUCGAAUGAAAUCCUCAUCAAACUAGCCGACAGUGCCAAGGUGGUUGAUGCCCUUAAACACCUCAAAUAUAAGGCUGAGGAAGCUAAACUGAUUAAGGAGCUUGCAGAGCUGGAUACUGUAAAUUACAAGCUUUUCAAGCAGGCAUAUUUUGCAUCUGUAGAUUUAAACAAGUUUUUGAAUAAGUAUGAGAUGUCUAAGUUUCUUAAAAAGUCAUAUGACAUGGAGGGAGCAUGUCCCAAAAUUGAAUCUAGAUGUGGAGACAUUUACUUAGAGUCAGUUAAUGAAGGUUCUACAAGUUUCAAGAUUAGGACUGUCCAUGAGCAUUUCCUAGAGAGUUUCUAUUAUAUACAUGAAUGA